AUGGCAAAUCCGAACGAAACACCAGGGCUCUGCCCAGAUUGGGCGCUGACCGACUCCAACGUGCAUGUCGCACGCGACCGUGCUUGGUUCUCCACGUACACGCCGUUCCAGACCAUCCUGAACGGCAGCCUGCAAGUUGUUGGCAUCGGCGACGUCCACCUCCCAGUCAAACUGUUCCCGAAGCGUUCCGGCCCCGAAUCCCACGGCACGCUUCAUCUGCGGAACGUGCUCCACGCGCCUACAAUCAUCUGCAACGUCGUCGGCGACGGAUUUACAGGCGACUAUGACAGGACCAGCUGGAGCUACGACGAGACGGUGAUCAGCACGCAGGAUGACCGACGGCUCGGGUGUUUUCUCGGCCCCUCCCCCUUGGUUCUUCAGCUUAGCGGCCCUCCUAUCGGCCCCGUCGUUGGCCCUUCAACGCUUGAGCCAGGUGUGGCCUAUAUGCUCAGCGUCUUCUGGCCUGACUCGGAGCGCCAGAGGUGGGCGGCAGCACAGACUGGUCGCUUGGACAAGGCUGAAGACGCGCCGUUGGCGCCGUACACGGCAGAGGAGAGGGCUUGGCUGAAGCGGGAAUGGGGAAGCGAAUUCGAGUUUCUUAGGACUUACGGACUGAGCAUUUACAAGGAUGAAGACUGCGAGGAGGGCAGAGUGAUCGCAAGGGCGAUGAUGAAUGAGGACGAGGACACAACCCCGUGGACAUUGGGAGCUUUAAGGACUGCAAGGCUGAUUCCCAUGGCCAUCCUCGCAGGAGCAGCCGGCGCAAGGACAGUUCUCGCCGUGGCUGGAACAUGGAUCGCCAAGGCGACUGGCGCCGAUCAGGUUUCAACAGGCACUUGCGCCUCGCGCUGA